UCAUUUGUCUCCCCUCUACAGUACCAAAUCAGAGCAAUAGAGGCUCCAUUAUAUACAGAGCAACAGUCUUACUGCAUGUGAGGCUUUAACUAAUUCAAUUUCAGCAUAUAGGGGGUGUUGCCACAAAGUAGCCAUAUUGAAUGAAUUGAGCUGUUCCACUGUCAACCCCACCAGGUCCCGAUGAAGACAGCUCCUCAUCAAUUCUACUCCCCACGCUUCUCUUCUUCACGAUGGCCGCCACGGACAUAGACAUCUUCGCUAAUGAAGAGAAGCGUAGCCUGGAGCUGGGCGGCCAUGUUGGGUUUGACAGUCUUCCAGACCAGUUGGUCAGUAAAUCAGUCACACAGGGAUUCUGCUUCAACAUCCUGUGUGUCGGUGAGACAGGGAUAGGGAAGUCAACGUUGAUGAACACGCUGUUCAACACACUGUUUGAGGCCGAGGAGGCCAGCCACUACCAGAACGGUGUGUACCUGCGGCCCAGGACCUACGACCUGAAGGAGAGCAACGUUCAGCUCAAACUGACUGUAGUCGACACCGUGGGGUUCGGAGACCAGAUCAACAAGGAGGAGAGCUUCAAACCCAUAGUGGACUACAUCGACACCCAGUUUGAAACUUACCUGCAGGAGGAGAUGAAGAUCAAACGUUCCCUGUUCGACUACCACGACACCAGGAUCCAUAUCUGUCUCUACUUCAUCGCCCCAACCGGACACUCUCUCAAAUCACUGGAUCUGGUCACCAUGAAGAAACUGGACAGCAAGGUAAACAUCAUCCCCAUCAUUGCCAAGGCAGACACCAUAUCUAAGAGCGAGCUGCACAAGUUCAAGAUCAAGAUCAUGUCAGAGUUGGUGAGCAACGGUGUUCAGAUACACCAGUUCCCUACUGAGGACGAGGCUGUCACCGAGAUCAACUCCUCCAUGAAUGCCCAUCUGCCCUUUGCUGUGGUGGGGAGUGUUGAGGAGGUUAAAGUGGGGAAUAAGAUGGUGAAAGCCAGACUGUACCCCUGGGGAACUGUACAGGUGGAGAACGAGAGCCACUGUGACUUUGUGAAGCUGAGAGAGAUGUUGCUGAGAGUGAACAUGGAAGACCUGAGAGAGCAGACUCACGCCAGACACUACGAGCUCUACAGACGCUGCAAACUGGAGGAGUUGGGCUUCACAGAUACAGACCCCGACAACAAACCCUUUAGUCUGCAGGAGACAUAUGAGGCCAAGAGGAAAGAGUUCCUGGGGGAUCUGCAGCAUAAGGAGGACGAGAUGAGACAGAUGUUUGUCAACAAGGUGAAGGAGACCGAGGCAGAGCUGAAAGAAAAGGAGAGGGAGCUCCAUGAGAGGUUUGAGCAGCUAAAGAGGAUGCACCAGGAGGAGAAGAGGAAUCUGGAGGAGAAGAGGAGCGAUCUGGAGGAAGAGAUGAACGCAUUCAACAGGAGGAAGGUGGCAGCUGAGACGCUGAUGGGUCAGUCUCUACAGGGAUCCUCACAACCGUUCAGAAAGGACAAGAAGGACAAGAAGAACUUCUUUAGUCUUCCGUCUGCGUGCUCCCUAACAGCAGGAAGGAAUUUAAAUUAGAAGACUGACUUUCUACCACGCCAAAAGGAUGGCUGUUUUAUUCUUCCCCUAUUGACAAUUAACAAUCUAUUGAGCUUACUAUUUUUUACAGUGUGAUUCGAAGCUACAUUUUUGUAAAAAAAUAUUUGUUGCAUCCUAAAUGGCACCCUAUUCCCUAUAAUGUGCCCUACUUUUGACCUAAGCCUCUGGUUAAAAAUAGUGCAUUACAAAAGGAAUAGAGUGCCAUUUGGGAUGCAAUUCCUUGCUGUGCUGUGCUCUCCUUCCUGAACUCUUCAAGGGAUGUUCUUACCUAAUACCUAGUCUGGGAGUCUUCCAUACAGCUCAGCAUAUUAGUACACACGUUCUCUAAUAGUCAGAAAGUAUAUAGGCUAUAUAUAUAUAUAGGGCUAUAAAGUAGUGCAUUAUAUUGGGGAUGCAACUUUGGUUGAAUAAAAGCUGAUGCUCUAUAGCAUGCUUCUCUGCAUGACAUUUUCCACAUGACUUUCUUCAAUAAGCAUAAGAUAACUAGCCGAGGUGCCAGUCUGUUUCUGUUCUAGAAAGCAGUUGGUAAGAGAGCAGUAACCGACUGGCAUUCAGGCUGCAAGACAACCAUUUUCAGAUUAAAAUCCCCCAGAGUUUAUUAAGUAGUUCAUUAGGUUAAUAAAUGUGUUUUCCAUGCUGUUGUCAGGGUUUAUUUACCCUGACUGUUCUAUGUGUUGACUAGUGACUCGUCUUAUUCCACUGAAAAUCUGUAAGACUUUUAUUAAGGACGCUGCAACCUGCAAGAGGUUGUUACGGUUGUCUAUUUAUAAGAAAUAAGAACUUUAUUUAACAAACUGUGACUCUGUGGAAUACGAUCUAUGGAUUAGUCUACCUACUUAAAUAGUAGUGAUCUUUGUGCUAUGGUGGUUGGGAUUGUAUCAUUUGAUGGCUAUAGAUCAACCACCAAGGUGUAUUUGUCUGAAAUUAAGAACAAUAUUCCAGAAGAACAAAAUGAGCUUCUUUCAAUUGUUAUUUGAAAUUUACACUAAAACUACAAAAUAUAAAUGUUAUCCUAAAGUGUCCAAGAUUAUAGUUAAACAAUCUUUAAAAUAAGUUGUCUUAUAGAAGUGAUUGAUUAUACCCUAUCUCCUUUAGAUUUGUAUUUGCUCGCUAUUUAAUAAAGCUACUUUGAAAAAUG